AUGGAGCAAUAUAAAGCAUAUUUAGAACUUCAUAGAUCUCGAUACCAGGACAUCCUAUACCCACUUUUUUUUCGGGAAUCUAUUUAUGGACUAGCUUAUCGUCAUGAGUAUUUUUUUAUAGAAAAUGUAGAUUAUAACAAUAAUUUUAGUUUACUAAUUGUAAAACGUUUAAGUACUCGAAUGUAUCAACAGACUCAUUUCAUUCUUUUUGUUAACGAUUCUAAAAAAAAUACUUUUGUGGGUUAUAAUUAUCAUUUUUUUUCUCAAAUAAUAUUAGAAGGUUUUGGUAUCGUCGUGGAGAUUCUAUUUUCUCUACAAUUAUUUAGCUCUUCCUUAAGGGGAUUAGAAAUCGUAAAAUCUUAUAAAAAUUUUCAAUCAAUUCAUUCGAUUUUUCCCUUUUUCGAAGAUCAACUGAUAUAUUUAAAUCAUAAGUCAGAUAUACGAAUACCCUAUCCUAUCCAUCUGGAAAUCUUGGUUCAAAUCCUGCGAUAUUCGAUAAAAGAUGUCUCUUUCUUUCAUUUAAUAAGGUUGUUUUUUUAUUACUAUUAUAAUUGGAAUAGUCUUUUUCCUCCAAAAAAAUGGAUUUUUACUUUUUUUUCAAAAAGGAAUCGAAGAAUUUUCUUGUUCCUAUAUAAUUUAUAUGUAUGGGAAUAUGAAUCUAUCUUUCUUUUUCUACGUAACAAAUCCUCUCAGUUACAGUUAAAACAUUUUCGCGUUUUUUUUGAGCGAAUUUUUUUCUAUGAAAAAAUAAAACAUCUUGUAGAAGUAUCUACUAAGAAUUGUUCAUAUACUUUCUUCUUCUUUAAGGAUACUUUCAUCCAUUAUGUUAGAUAUCAAGGAAAAUCAAUUCUGGUUUUAAAGAAUACUCCUUUUUUGAUAAAUAAAUGGAAAUACUAUUUUAUAUAUUUAUGGCAAUGUCAUUUUGAUAUUUGGGCUGGACUAGAAACGAUCUAUAUAAACGAAUUAUCUCAGUAUUCAUUUCACUUUUUAGGCUAUUUUUUAAGUAUUCCACUAAAUCUUUCAGUAGUACGAAGUCAAAUGUUGCAAAAUUCAUUUCUUAUUAAAAUUGUUAUAAAAAAACUUGAUACAAUAGUUCCCAUUAUUCCUCUAAUGAGAUCAUUGGCUAAAACAAAAUUUUGUAAUGUAAUGGGUCAUCCUAUUAGUAAGCCGGUUUGGGCCAAUUUAUCUGAUUUUGAUAUUAUUGACCGGUUUUUGCGCAUAUGCAGAAAUUUUUCUCAUUAUUACAAUGGAUCUGCAAAAAAAAAGAGUUUCUAUCAAAUAAAAUAUAUACUUCGGUUUUCUUGUAUAAAAACUUUGGCUCGUAAGCAUAAAAGUACUGUGCGCAUUUAUUUGAAAAAAUUAAGUUCAGAAAAAUUAUUGCAAGAAUUUUUUACAGAAGAAGAUCUUUUUUCUUUGAUUUUUCCAAGAACUUCUUUUACUUUGCGUAGGUUUUAUAGAGGUCGUAUUUGGUAUUUGGAUAUUCUUUUCAGAAACGAUUUCGUCAAUUAUUUAUAA